AUGGCUACGAUAUUCCAGAGCUUCCGAAGCUCGACCCUGUCGAAGCGCCUGCUGAUAUAUGCCCUUCGACGCCUGGAGUUGCUGGACGAGGAGACGUUGGACAUGGAGAACCUGCAGUUCGCACUUGGCAGAACAACCACGGCCGAAUUCAAGGAUGUCGGCGUGCGCCUGAAUAAACUCGAGCAACUUCUCCAACUACCUGCCGCGUUCCAGAUCCAGAAAGCAAAAGUCCUGAAGCUCAGCGUUACGAUCCCCGUUGACUUCUACACGAGUCCCAUAAUCAUCGAGAUUGAUGGUGUCGACGUUAGGUUAAAGGUAUCCACCAGCGGCGACGACAACAAGACGAAGGCGGCGAGGUCGUCGGGCGAGGGGACCAAAGGACUGCCGAACACGGUAAACCUUGCCGAAUCAUUCCUCAACGAAGACGCUGCCCUGAAGGACGCCUCGCUUGCCGAUGAGAAGAGAAAGCUGGAAGACGCUCUGGCGGCCGAGACACAGGACCUCGGUAGCUCAGUGGCCAUGAGUGAGAGUUCUCUAAGCGACGAUGGCAGCCAGUUUGGUACAGGCCAGCCGCUCUCCCUGCCGGGAUUCCUGGCAGGCUUCCUCCAAGGCAUUGUCGACCGCAUUCAGGUGCGCAUCCGGGGUGUAACAUUUCAGAUGGACGUUGAAGUGCCCGUUGAACCAAAUUCAACAACCCCCGAGUUGGUCACUUUCCAGCUUGCUCUGGAUCGCAUAGAUGUGGAAGGGGUUACAGCUGAGGCGCAUAGUGAAGAGGGUGCCCCAACUAUUGUACCCAAGGAGGGGAAGCGCCAUAUCGCCCUAUCCAAGAUAAGGGCGUAUCUAAUCUCGGAAGCCAAUGUCUUUUCACAGUUUGCACGCUCGCCAUCGGUUUCAUCGCCCUCAGUUUCCCAGUCUCCAUCGUUCAGCGAGCGUAGUGGCCUGUCAAGAGAGAACACUUUCCAACCCAGCCUGCACGAAAGCUAUCUCUCCGACUCAGCAGAUCUUUCCGAGGUUGACGAUGCUCUGUUGCAAGAUAGCGAGGAGGCCUUCAACAUACCGUACGACUUCUCACCAAGUCAGCCGGAGGAGCCCGUGGAGGAAGAAGAAACAAACACCCCGCGAGCAUCAGUGUAUCAAGAUUUUUCUCCUCGAGGACGUGUACCGGUGUCACAUUCUACUGUAUUUGGCGAUGAUGAUCGUGCUGCCCCAUGGGCUAGCUUUCAACGAGAGGCAAGGUCAGAACCAUCGCUGCAGCCCAUUGAGGGGAUUACUUCAACUAUGCUACCCGACUCUGGAGACUUGAUGUCAUCACAACACUCUAGCACCGCCAGUCACAGUUCGGGCCCCGCAGAAGAUGAAGACCUUGCUCAGUCUCAUGUCUUUACCCACGAGGAAGCUGAAAGCAUGUACAUGAGCGCAUUCUCUCAAGCUGACCCUCAGCCUGCGGGAUCACGGAUGCCAGGGGGCUGGGACGCGGAUUCGAGCCCCGAGGCCUCUCCGACGUUAAAGAAGGCCAGCCCAGCCCUGGGACAGCCAUCACCACCAGCACCCAGACCUGCCGAAGCCAAUGAGUCGCCGGAACCCGAAUUCUCUGACGUCCCAGUAGCGCCUCAACCUACAAGCUCAACGACACCUGACGUGGUUGAGACCAAGGUCGAGGACGAAGUUGAACCCGUAGAGCCGGCAAACACAAGUCCCGAGCAUGAUGAUUCUGCAGACGCCCCUGCCCCGGCAGAGGAUGUUGCAACCCCGAGGGGACCAACUAGACUCGUAAAGGAGAUCUUGUCGCUCAACAGCAUAUCAUUAUACGUUCCAUCAUUACAUCAAAAUAUACAUGUGCCUGCCGAUGCACAGGCAUCCGUCUUGCAGCAACCAGGGUCUCCAGGACUGGCCAGAUCUGUUGCACCUCAGGUUCCUGGAGCGUUUUCCGUAUACUCCACAUCGCCAGAAAUGAAAUCGAGCAUUGCCCCGCGGUCGCCCGGGCUCUUGGCACCGGAGCCACGGAACGAUGGAGAUGUGGAGGUUCAUCUAUCACCACUAGAGGUUCGCUUCGAUGCGUCCUUGGCAUACCUUCUCGCAGUCGUGGUAGGGAAGCUUAUGGAUGCUCUGAAAGGCAGCAGUUCUACACCUGCCCCAAAGGCAACUGCUGUGGCCAAACAACAACAGGACUCCUCAAUGCCCGAAGUUAAAGUAGUAUUUGAGAAGAUCUCGCUGCACUUUCUCCAUCAGCUGGGCGGUGUUGCUGAUACAGCAGAGAGAAUAUUUGGCUCUAGUGGACUGCCGAUGCAGCCUUUGAUCCUCCUCCGGACGGAAUUAGACAACCUUAGUAUAUCUCUCAAGAGUGUUAAACAAUCGCUCGAGACGACCAUCGAUCUCGAAAAGUUCCGCUUCGGUUACGUCAAGGAUGAUAUUGUCUCCUUUGACCAGAGCCUUCAGAUGCGGGCGUCUGUCAUGGACAAAUUCCCUUCCGCCGGCUCCGACAUAUCCGUCAAGGUGAUAAAGUCCCCUGACUCUACUCGGACGGAGGUCACCACGCUACCACUGCUCGUGCAACUCGACCUGCAAAGGCUAGACGAGACCUUCAGUUGGUUUGGCGGAUUGAGCAGUUUUCUCAACAUGAGCUCGUCAAUGUCGUCCAGUGCAUCCCCGUCAAUUAGAACACCUGUACAGCCGCCCCCGAAACCCCGAGGUGUCCGGUUUGAUGCCCCGAUCAACCCAGACGACAAGUCAGCGGCGUCAGAGAAUAAGAUGGACAUGAGGAUCGGUGGUUUCAACCUGGAGCUCAAGGGCAAGGAGUGCAGCGUUGGCCUCGAGACCAGUGCAGUCAAGAUGGUUAGUCGAGAACUUGGCAUCGGAUUUGCAAUCAGCAAGGUGCGUCUUGCCGGUCCGUACAUCAGGAAAUCUAGACAGGAGCCUCCCAUCUCAGCCGAAAUUGGAGGCGUACGGUUCGAAUAUCUUGCGACACCAAAGGACAAGGACCUCGAACGACUGCUAGAACUCAUCAUCCCGUCCAAAGUCAAGUUCGACCAAGGUGACGACGAAAUCAUGGUGGACACUCUGCUCAGACAGAGAAGAAAGGGAGCCGUCCUUCGGGUCACGCUAGAUCAGUUCAGUGUUAGGGUUGAGCGCAUGCACCAGCUCAACUGCCUUCCCGCGCUGGGAGAAGAGGUUGCGCGACUGGCCACUGUAGCCAAGUAUCUCCCAGAGGAUGACCGGCCUGGUGUGCUACUCCUAGCUGAGAUUAAGGAGUUGGGAGCUGUUGUCGACGUUGGAGGCAAGAUUGGCAUGAUCAACGCUAACCUCAAGGGAUUCGAGGUUGCCCAGAUUACGGUACCCUCGUUGGUGGCAUUCGGCGUCCACGCCAUCUCUGUGAAUCGCAACCAUCGAGAGGACCUUGUGAGUUCAUCAACGACAUUACCGCCGGGGACGCUCACGCAAGGCCCCGUGCUCAUGGUCCGCAUGAUCGGGGACGAGAUGGAGCCAGUGAUUAAAGUUAAAAUGCGCGACGUUACAGUUGACUACCGGGUGCCCACCAUCAUGGACGUCUUGGGACUCGGUGAGGAUGCUACCCCCCAGGAUUUCGAGGCCAGCCUCGCUGCGUCUGUGGCCAACCUCGGUGAGCAAGCUCACACUGCUUUGAUCGGCAAGAAGCCUCAACCGUCUCGAUUGCCAGAACCUUCUCGGCCCAACAAUAAGCCUAUGAUGGUUGAUCUUGUUUUCCGCGAUUGCUUAAUUGGUCUCAACCCCCUGGGCCUUCCAUCAAAACUCCUCAUCGCAUUGACGGAUGCCCGGCUUCAAGUGGUUCUUCCCAAGGACGUGGAUACCACAGCAACAUUGGAUCUGAACAAAGCCUCAAUUCUACUCAUUGACGACGUGGCUAACAUAGGUGCAAGUGCCUCCAACGUGAAUCGCCGGCAGUCUGCAGACAUGUCGUCUCAGCAGGUGUCCCGACUUACUUCUCAAGGGUUUGUUAGCAUUUGCUACAUCUCGUCAGCGAAGGCCAUCGUGAAGGUUAUCGAAAGUCGAGAAGAUGGUGAAAAGCACAUUGAUGUCGAACUCCGUGACGAUCUACUUGUUUUGGAGACGUGUGCCGAUUCCACGCAGACUCUCAUCACCCUUGCCAACGCAUUGAAGCCGCCUACCCCGCCCAGCAAGGAGAAUAAGUACAGGACAAAAGUUGUGCCUGUGCAAGACCUCCUUGCAUCAAUUUCCGCGGAGGCGUUUGGAAAGGCAGAAGGAGACUAUGAUUUUGAUAAGGACUUUGAACUCGCCCAAGAGCUUGGCGGUGACGAUGAUUACGACGUAGCAAGUGAUGCCAGCCCGUUGCAAGUUGAUUCACGAUACUACGAGAACGCGGGUCCUUCAGAUACCCUCUUUGACGCAGAGGGCUCAGUCACGUCGAAUGCCACGACGACACAAGACACCCACGACGGCGUCUUGCUAACCAGCUUCAAUGCCAGCGGGUCGGCCCACGUAUCAGACGAUGGAAGCGACCUAGUGAUUCACGAUAACUUUUUUGACAAGGGACCAGACGUGGACGGGAGAGCGCAAAUAUGGAACUCGUCCAAGAACACCUAUGAUAAAGCCCCCAAGGAACUCAUCAGGAAGGCCCCUCUCAGAGUCUCUGUCCGCGAUGUGCACGUCAUCUGGAACCUCUUUGACGGAUACGACUGGGAGCGUACGCGAAGCGUCAUUUCGAAAGCUGUACAGGAUGUCGAAGAAAAGGCCUACGAGCGCCGCCGACGUUCAGAGCGCACUGCGUUUGAGGAUGAUGCCGAGGAAGACGAGACGGUUAUUGGUGACUUCCUCUUCAACUCCAUCUACAUUGGCAUCUCAACCAAGCAGGACCCUCGAGAGCUUGCGCAAAUGGUCAAUCAGGAGUUGAACGACAAUGCCACUGAGACCGAGUCACUUGCCACGACUGCCUUUACGACCGCGACAGGCCGGGCUGGUGGUGCUCACAAACCCAAAAAGAGACUGAGGCUGAAUCGAAGCAAGCAUCACAAAAUCACGUUCGAACUACAGGGUGUCAACGUUGACUUGAUUGCAUUCCCGCCUGAUUCGGGCGAGACGCAGAGCUCCAUCGACGUGCGGGUACAGCACCUGGACGUCUUCGACCAUGUGCCGACGUCAACGUGGAAGAAGUUUGCAACCUACGACCAAGAUGCUGGAGAGCGGGAGAUGGGCACUAGCAUGGCUCACCUCGAACUUCUCAACGUCAAGCCUCAACCAGACCUCGCGGCGUCUGAGAUGGUGCUCAGAGUCACGGUCCUGCCCCUCAGGCUUCAUGUUGACCAAGAUGCCCUCGACUUCAUCACUAGGUUCUUCGAGUUCAAAGACGACAACGCACCUGUACACAGCUCACCCAGCGAUAUUCCAUUUCUCCAGAGAGUCGAGGUGCACGAUAUUCCUGUCAAGUUGGACUUUAAGCCCAAGCGUGUCGACUAUGCGGGAUUGAAGUCGGGACGAACCACGGAGUUCAUGAACUUUAUCAUCCUUGACGAGGCUCGGCUGACUUUGAGGCAUACCAUCAUCUACGGCGUUUCCGGUUUUGACAGAAUGGGCAAGAUUCUAAACGACAUCUGGAUGCCGGAUGUCAAGGGCACUCAGCUGGCUGGCGUUCUUGCUGGUCUUGCGCCAGUCAGAGGCAUUGUUAAUAUCGGCAGCGGCUUCAAGGAGCUCAUUGAGGUUCCCAUCAAGGAAUACAAGAAGGAUGGGCGUAUCGUUCGCAGCAUUGGCAAGGGUGCGGCGGCUUUUGCCCGUACGACGGGCACCGAGAUGGUGAAAUUUGGAGCCAAAUUGGCAAUUGGAACGCAGUACGCACUGCAGGGCGCCGAGGGCCUUCUCAACAAGCCGCAAUCAGACAACACAUGGGAGGAGGCGGAUCUCGAUCCAGAGGAGAAGAAGCAGAUCUCCCUGUACGCGGACCAGCCCACGGGCGUUAUUCAGGGCCUCCGAGGCGGUUACUCGAGUUUGACACGAGACUUGAACAUGGCCCGUGACGCCAUCAUUGCGGUGCCGGGCGAAGUUAUGGAUAGCCAGAGCGCACAGGGUCUCGCAAAGGCAGUAUGGAAGCGAGCACCGACCAUCAUCUUCCGGCCGGCCAUUGGAGCUACCAAGGUUAUUGGCCAGACUUUGAUGGGCGCAACGAACAGCUUAGAUCCGCAGAACCGGCGUAGGGCGGAGGAAAAAUACAAACGGCACUAG